CAUUUUGUGAAGCUCAGCCGUUCUCUUUAUACUCCCGCUUAAAUAGUUUGAAACAUGCGGCACAAGCAAAUCACAACGUUUACAGAGGAGGCUAUAGAAAGAAACAACCAGAAACAAAGUCAAUUACUGAAGAUCACUACUGCUCCCAUAAUGAGUUCAGAGAAUGAAGUAAGCAUAUCAAAUAACGUUGUCAACGGAGUGACCCCCAGGUGCAACAUGCCAGAAAAAGCAGAUAAAUCUCCUUUAAGUGCACGUUCAGUGGCUGCUGUUAAAAUCAUUCCGGUGAAGACUGUGAAAAGUUUUCCUGAUCUUGUCCCAACUGCAGAAACUGUGUUAUUGCACCAACUAACUAGGACAGAAGGCGACACAAAAGCAAUUACUGGGGAUGUGGAUCCUGCUAAGCUUUGUGCAGGGAAAGGAGCAGUCACUCUCCGGGCCUCUCCAGUGCAGCUGGAAAGUCAGAAAAACAGGACCACACUGGACAUUGAACUCUCUCCAUAUGAUGCCCCAGCGGAAGAUGUAACAGAUGACGACAGGCCUCCAUCAGUAGCCGAGUCCAACGGAGAUUCCCAGCACUCAUCCCUAGCAGCUAAAGGCUUUCGGAGUGUGCGCCCUAAUCUCCCAUUUGACAGCAAGUCACAGAAAACUCAUCCUCCCCCAGUUCCACCUCCUCCCAAAGAGGAGAGCUUUGCAUGGCGACCACAUACUAACACUAAACUCUCUUACUUGAAACCCGUGCCAAUUCUGGAUUGCAUUUACCUGAGUUCUCCCAAGCCCUACGUGCCAUACGCUGCAGCAUGUACUAAUGCCGAGCUGCCUAUCCCUGCCUGUACUCCCAGUGGAACCCAAGCUAUUCCGAGCGAUCACACGAACACCCCUGCAUUUUCCAUCCCCACUGAAACACAACACACUGCUUUUAGUUCCUUGUUAUCAAACACAUCACCAAAACACUGCACCAGUGAGCCUGGCAAUGGGGAUAGAAGUGUUGCUGGAACGAAUUCCAGUCAUGAGACUAAAAAAGAUAAAAAGGUCAGCAGUCUAUAUGUAGCUUGUUUAUCUAACAGCACUGGCUCAGCUGCAUCUGAAAAUCCCACUGGCGUUGCACAUGAUAAAACAGAGAGUGCUGAAUUGGAAGCUGAUGUAACUAAAUCACCAGCCACAAACAUUGUUCCUUCGAUAAUAGACACCGGAAAAUCCCCUCCUCCUGUCCCUCCCAGGCCAUUCUUUGACCCUGUCCCAAGUAAAGAUUCCGUUAGCUCCGGUGACAUAGACACUUUCUGGAGUCCAUGUCCUCUACAUCAAGAUAUGGGACGCACAGAGCUAGAUACACAGCAUCCUGCUGGCCAUGUGAAAAUGACUGCAAAGGAGCCCUACUUUUCAUCAAAGCCACAAUAUCCCUUACGGGCCCAGGGAUACCGACGCAUGGAUGGCACUUCAGUCACAACUCAGCCUGAGGUUAUAAUAGUCCCACUCAUCCAGGUUAAAGCUGAAAGAAAGCAAGAAGGCACCUCGAGCACUCCACCACCACCUCUUGUACCUGCUGGCAAACUUUCAGCCUCCCCAGAGCCUGACACCUCCCAAUUGGCUUUUCCUACACUUGAUGAUUUUAUCCCCCCUCAUCUGCAAAGGGGAUCAAACCAUAACCCGAGCUCUCCCACUAUUUCUAUACAAAACAGUCAGCCACCACUCUGUCCACCACCUUUACUGCAUCCUCCAGUAACGGAGGAUUUACGCAGAGUCUCGGAACCUGAAAUCGGUGGAGUCAUCGCACCCACAGAACCUGUAACAGAUGAAGCCCUAGCUGCAAGUGUAACCAAUGAUAAACUUUCUUCAUUUGCACCUAUCAACAAACCCUCUGUGUAUCCUUCAACAACCAUAGUAAACCCAACCAUUGUACUACUGCAACAUAACAGAGAACAGCAAAAACGGCUUAAUAAUGCGCCAGAACCUGUAGUAAUUAGAUCUGAUGAUGAAAAGCUGGAGCCAUUAGCUGCACAGGAGAAGAAAUGGCAGGAUGAUACUCAGAGAUUGAAGCCAACCAUGGAUUACACGAGAAGAGACACCCGAAGUCCUCAGUUUACAGGAGACUCAGUGGAUGAAAUAGGCAUACCCCUUCGGAACACUGAAAGGUCAAAGGAUUGGUACAAGACAAUGUUCAAACAGAUUCACCGGCUUAAUAAAGAUGAUGAAUCAGACUCCUACCCAUCCUAUGGACGCCAUUCAUAUUUGGAGGAUGCCAAACCACAAGCUGGGGUGCCUCGUUCCAAGAGUGAGAUGGAUAAUAUCGAUAUUGAACAGAACAUGCGGAGAUCAGUUACUCUCCCUUUGCCAGCACGCUCCUCUUCCUUGAAACCAAGUCAUGAAAGGAAUGACUGGGAUCCACCAGACAAAAAGGUCGACACCAGAAAAUACCGCGCUGAGCCAAGAAGCAUUCAUGAGUAUCAGCCUGGGAAAUCCUCCGCUCUUGCCAAUGAGAAGAUGACUCGGGAUAAAAGUCCUGAAGAGAUAGAUUUAAAGAAUGAACCUUGGUAUAAAUUCUUUUCGGAGUUGGAAUUUGGGAAACCGCCUCCAAAAAAGAUAUGGGAUUAUACUCCGGGGGAUUGCUCAAUCCUUAAAAUAGAGCAUAGGAAGACUGAGCUAGAGAGAGACAUCUAUCAGUACGAGACUGAGUUAGAUGCAGAUUUAGAGAGAAUGGACAAGUGUUUUAAGGCUCCUGAGAAAAGGAAUGCAGCUGUAAGUCAUCCGGAGGAAAUUCCAACCUACAGGGGGACAGAAGCCGUACCUGUGGAUCCUGCACUCUCUGAAAAUGAAAGGCAAAUCUACAAGAAUGUUUUAGAAGGUGGUGAUAUUCCAUUUCAUGGACUUAAUAGCCUCAACAGACGCCCCUCUAGCUCAGCUUCUAAUAAAGGUGGGAAUGCUCAUAAAUUGUCAUAUACCACAAUUAACAACCGAACGUUUAGCACUAGUAGCUCUUUAGGCAACAUUUAUAAACAGAAGUCCUCUCUGUCAGCUGCGAAAGCCUGUAUAGGAGAAAUCCUACCAUCUCGGUUCAAACCAAUGGUCCCACUGCCAGCUACCUCCCAGCACAAGCACAAUGUGACAUUAACGCAGCAGAAAGCACAGAGCUGCGAAGAUUUGCUUGAACCUCGGACAUCUUUUGAAGACAAACAAAUGAGCAGUGGAAAAGUAGGAGGAAGCAUGGAAAAUAUGUUGUCAAAAUCUUACAGCGAUUACAAGGUAAAGUCAGGCAGUACUAUCAGUUUGCAAGAAUGCAGCAUGAUUGCCACCAGAUGCCCUUUCCCACCUAAAUUUAAAUCAAGUAAUGCAGAAUUCACUGUGAUGUACAAAGACAUGCACCAUAUUAACCGUUCAACUCUACACAGCGCAUCGUCCUGCUCCAAUGUCCGAGACAUUGCUAAUACUUUUGAGAAAGAGAUGAGGAACAGAUCUUCUGUUGAUGACCUUGACAGCUCAGAACAUAUCCCCAAGCACACAGUGUCCUCCCGUGUAACAGCCUUUGAGCAGCUGAUACAGAGAUCCAGGUCUUUGCCUUCCUUAGACUUUUCCAGUGGGCAAAGUACCUCUUCCACACCAUCACAACCAAGACAUGGGAUGUUGUCUGCAUGUUCUGCUGAAUCACUUUUAGAGCCGUCAGUGAAAGGAAAUGAAGACAAAGAUGUCCAGGUCACAAAACAAACCUCCUCUACACCUAGCAGUAAUGUGGAGGAUAUGAAUUCUGAACCCAGUGACACUGACCUUGUAAAUAACUCUUCAGGCCACACUGAGGAGGCUGACCACAUUUCUAAUGCAUCUACUGACAGCUGUGCUAAUUUAAACAAAGUGCCCCAUAAAUACAAACUUAACACCUGCAAGAGCUCCUGUCCUGCUUCCUACACAAGAUUUACAACCAUUCGGAAGCAUGAACAGAAAAAGUCAAAUACCUUGGAGUCAAGAGUAGAUAAGCAAGUGGACCAAAUGAUUUUUCAAAGAAAUAUAUAUCUUAUAAGUCCACUCCCAUUCAAGGUACAAAAGCCCUUCCACAAGAACCCCAAAAUGCCUUCAAGUAAUACAACGGAGCAGAGGGACAUGGUAGCUCUAGACAGAAAAAGCCCAGUAGAGCCUCCAAAGAUUACAGAAGAGAGGCCUAGCCUUCCAGCACGCCAAUCUUCAUAUGAUAUUGUUGGAAGGCUGAGCUCCCUAAGCGUAGAUAGCCUUGAGCAGGAUAAUUCCACUCUAGAAUCCCAUUGUCCAGAUUCUCUAAAUAAUGGAGAUAUUGUCUCAUUUCCUUUAUGUUACAAUUUGGAUUCUAACAACAACAGUCAGCCGAAUGAACACGGAACAUUUACAGGAGAUUCAGAAUCUCCAAGACAUUUUGCCCCUGUUGAAUAUAUGGAUGUACCAGAAGAACGUCUCCGCAAGAGAUAUGACAGCAAAGAGAAACUUAUAGAGGAUCAGAGAAGACUUAAGCGUGAGCAAGAAGAAGCUGAUAUUGCCGCCAGAAGGCACAGUGGGAUUGUCCCAUCACAUCAUCAGUUUAUUACUAAUGAGCGAUUUGGGGACCUUCUUAAUGUAGGCGAUUCAUCAAAAAGGAGAUCUCGGUCUGAGAUGAAGCAGGCAAGAGCCAAGUAUGAUUUUAAAGCACAGUCUCUGAAGGAGCUACCCCUUCAGAAGGGAGACUUGGUUUACAUUUAUAGGCAAAUAGACGAGAACUGGUUUGAAGGAGAGCAUCAUGGCAGAGUUGGAAUCUUCCCAAUAUCAUAUAUUGAGGUAAUCCCAGAAACAGAGAAAGCUCAGCCAAGGAAAGCUUCGCCGCUGCAGGUUUUGGAAUAUGGAGACGCUGUUGCCAAGUUUAACUUUAAUGGAGACACUGCUGUGGAAAUGUCAUUUAAGAAGGGUGAGAGAAUUACACUGAUUCGGAGAAUUGAUGAAAAUUGGUAUGAAGGCAAGAUCUCUGGAACAAGCCGUCAGGGAAUAUUUCCAGUCAGCUACAUUGAGGUUGUGAAAAGACCACGACUGAAGAAUUCAGCAGAUUACAUGGACCUUCCAGUUUCUUAUUCACCAAACAGAAGUACUAGUGCUUCCCCACAGUUUUCUGGCUGUACCAGGCCACGCACUACUACUCCACCCACUGCUAUACGCAGAGCCUUCUCUCCAGAGGUGCAGGCUAUCACAUCUGAAUGGAUUUCUCUGACAAUGGGUGUAUCCCGCAAUAACAGUCCCACUGUCACCCCUCCUGUGCCGCCUCUACCUGAAGCUAUGCUUUGUACCAUAGACUAUAUCACCCCAUCUGUGGCAGCCAGUCCCACAUUAUCCGUUACACCAUCUGUCAGUCUCCAUAAUUGUAAUGUCUCGGGGAAUUCCACCCCAAACUCCGCCAUGUCUCCAUUGCCUACAUAUCCAUCUAGGCCUCAGUCUGCAACGCGAAUAAGUUACGUUAUUUCUCCUGUUAGUGAAGAAAAAUUGUCAGGCUCCAGUUACGGAGACUCACCUGUGCCGUUUGCUCAGAAUGAUUUGAUUUCUGAACUGAGCGACGUUUUACGCAAUCAGUACAAGUUAAGGGGUGAUGCUGGCCCAGUAGCCAAUGGUGAGCCGAAUGAUCUCAGAAUCCCCACUUAUACAAUGACAAAGGCCCCCAUCCCACCCCGCAGAACUCAUGGGGUGACCCCAGCAAGUAAAACAACUUCAGAUUCAUAUGAGGAAAACCAGUUGUGUAAGGAGCUUCUUAGCAUUGUAAAUAGUGGCCAAGAAGAAAUGAAGGGAAAUGAGUGCAAUUUCCCUAAGACUGCAGACUCAAUAUCUGUCUAUCCUUAUGUGCUGUCCUCUUGUCCUGUCACAUACCAACCACCUCCCAGACUUAAAGGCAGGGUAAUUUUGCCACAGCCUUGCAGAUCUGACGGAGAACAGACAGGAAGGGCGUCUAAAAGUCCUGUAAUGAUUACAGGCUCCCCGGUUAAUACCCUGAACUCAAAUUCUGUUGUGCGUCCUCAUCACACACUGAGCACAGGACCAGAGCUCACAGAGUCUGAGAAGAGUUAUGUGGAAGCUGUUUGCAAUGAGAUAAUAAGCAUUGCAGAGAAAUCUGUCCGUUACUGCAGCACUAUCUCUCAUCCUUUUGACUAUCGACACAAGGUCUCUUCCUAUGACAAUAAACAAUGUUUAAUCAUUUCCCAGCAACCUCAAGCGCAACACAGAAGGGACAGCCUAGAAAGGAGCCAGACGCCACAGGAUGCAUAUACCUAUCAGGCUUUGUAUAGCUAUACACCCCAAAAUGAUGACGAGCUGGAGCUCAGAGAAGGGGACAUUGUUGAUAUUAUGGAAAAAUGUGACGAUGGCUGGUUUGUAGGUACGUCUAGAAGAACCAAACUCUUUGGUACUUUUCCAGGCAAUUACGUAAAAUUAGUAUUCUACUAAAGAAGAUUGUGUUCGGAAUUACCGGGAAACAUCCAUACGGAGCCUUGCUUGUGGGAAUGAUGCUAACCGAAAGCCUUUGCUGAAUGUAUUAGAUAAAAGUUAUUUAUAGAGGUAUAUGGUUUACAUGUGUCAGUUCUGGGUUUAAGAAGUGGCCCUCUGAUUUCUUUAUAUAUGAUGAAGUUAAGACAUAUUUCUUACAAUUUAUAUUGAACCUGUUGCCUUUGAAAUAUUUUAUUUAAGUUCUAAAUUUUAGAUUUUCCCGUUUAUUUUUAUUUCAAACCUUUUAAUCAAGAGGAGGAACAACAAAUAUUUUUUUAUAUUCACUUCAGCUGUUACUUUAGAUAUUUAACAGCCUAAAUGACGCAGUUCAAGGCAACAGAGAAUCGUUAUUUUACAGGAAAACAAGAAAAGCCUCAAGGCUGAAUACGUUUGUUCGGCUAUGCCCUUCUGCAGCUAUUUAGCUGAGGGUAUAUCCCCCCCCAGAAUCUUUCCAGAGUAAAAAUCUGCAGUUCAGUUGUAGCUGUAGAGUGCAGGCAUUGGUCAGUCAGCUCUUACCAACCAAUAUGAACUAAUUAAUAAGCAAUGAAAACUGUCAUUUUUUUUUACAGAAAUUCUAUGCCUAAUAAUAAGCCAUAGGAAAUCCUGUGUGCUAUAGAGAAUAUUUGUGCACAAAACCAUCUUGAAGCGUCAUUCAUAAUGGUGCUGCUCAAUGCUCAAAAGCGCCAUCAGUGUUCAUGGGAGUCAUUUGCCUUUAUUGCUAUCUGAACAAAUCAACAGUCAUAACAACAUAAUGAGUAUUAUAAGGUGAUUGCUAUGAGAAGUAGAUACAGUUUGCAAAUUAGAGAAUCGUUUUUUUUUGUGGUGGGGGCUUGCCCAUUCUGUUUUGAGACAAAAGGCUGUUAAUUACAAAUAUGUCCAUAGUAGUGUCCAUGCAUAGUCUGGUUGUCACCGGUCACUUUUGUUAUAAGUAGCUGCUUUUGUGCCUUGUUGGGUGCACACAAGAAACCCUCAUACUACGAUGGGUCACUUGGUAUUGCCUCUGUUAUAAUCAUUGCUAAAUUGAGGAACAGAUACAAGACGUGAUAGGGAUUUUUCCACUUGUUGUUCAAUCAUUUGGCAUGAGAUCUCCUACAGUAAGAGCUUGGAAACUAAGUUAUCAGAACAUUUUACCCCCUGAAUGAGGCACAAGCUCAGCAAAUGACCAAUGUCAUCACUAACUGGGCUUCCAAUAAGGGGAAACCACCCGAACAAAGCCAUCUUAUAAAAUUUUAUAUAUAUAUAAAUAUUAUAUAUAUAUAUAUAUAUAUAUAUAUAUAUAUAUAUAUAUAUAUAUAUAUAUAUAUAUAUAUAUAUAUAUAUAUAAAUAGUUAUAUAUUACUGAUAGCCUCAAAUCAUCGUAGAAUAGGCCAUGUCUCAAUUCAGAAGGUCCAGACAUCAUUUGGCUUCCUGGCUUAGAAUGAUCUUGUCAUUGCCAAACUGGGCUCCACAUUGAAUUUCUUUUACAAAAUAAUGCAAGAAGUAAAUAUAAUCUUUGUAAUCUGCCUAUCAAAGCAAUCUCCCAAACUGUAAACACCUGUAAAAUAAACACAUUUAUUAAUAAAAAAAAAAAGGGAGGGUAAUACUGUAAGUUUGUAGCUUAUGUUCAUAAAAGAAAAAAAAAAGAUUGAGAAUGUUCUUUUGUCAUAACAAGAUAUAUUUAAUAUAAGAUGACUAUUUUUUUGCUAUUGCUUUUAUACAGAUUUAUUAACAAUUGCAGCUGCGUUGGCAUGACUAGCAAUAUGUUUUGAUAUAUUACCUAUAUUAAGUUUUUUUUUUCUUUUUCCAUGUACACAGUACAUCUAAGUCACAGAUGGUUCAUAUUAAGAGACAGCAAUUGUAAAUAUGUAUAUUUGACUUUGUAAAGAACAUGUAUGUUGUAUCUUGUAUAGAAAAAAAGAGUAAUUUAAGAGGACUGAUCGAAAGAUAAAAGCGCAAGAUUCAGGAAAAACAAGUUCUUGAAUUUAAUUUAAUGAACAAGUUUGUUUUAAAUGACACAAGAAGAGUUAAGCACAGAACCAUAGGACACAUAAGAAAAUGACACUGAACACUUUUUAGCAAACAUAUCCCUUGUUUUAUUAAUGUUUUUUCUUUCAACAGAAGUUUCAGCCACCAUAUUUAGAAUUAUGUUACCAUUUGGCUAUUUCACAAUAACGCUUUCCUUACCAAACUUUAUAGUCCAAUACACUUUUAACAGCAUUGUUCAGUUAUCACCAUACCAGUCACUUUUCAAGUUAUGUUGUGUUGUUUUCAUAUUGCAGUGCAUUAUAUUUUGAAGCCUAAUAAAUUAAAGCAUUGAAUAA